CAUUAGAAGAGCUGGAGUACAAAUUGUCUGUUUGAUUGUGAGAAAACGGGUGUUGGUGACAUCUGGCAGAGCUUUCAGAGAUCUUCACAGACGUCAGUCCAUGUCACUUGUUAUCGUAAUCACUCUGCCCGGCCAUCAUUGUGUUAUGUUAAGUAGCGAGUCUGCUUUCUGUCUGUGGCUCUUUCCUCCUUGGGUUUCAAUUCCAAACAUGGUUAUCCUUCUCAGGGUCUCUACCCCCGCCUCUCCCACUCCAUGUUUCCAACAGUCCAGUGCAGGACAGGGAACAGAAGCAGAGACGCUAUAGGGCUGAUAUUGUCAAAUUCGAAAGGAAAAGUGAGUGUCAACAGAACUGAAUGGAACGGAAUUAUGAAGCUUCUUUCAUUCCAACUAUUUUUGGCAGUAAGAGGUGUAUUGGCUGUUAGAGGCUAAGGGGAACAAUCUUUUUUCAUUAGUUUUAUAUUUUUAACAAACUUUUAACACCUUGGGCUUAUGAACCACUACUUUUUCCAACAAGGCUCCUUUUUAUAUUCAGUUUCAGUUGAAUUGAAGACCACAUAGCCAUAAACAUGAAUAGUGGCGAUUCUUCCUUGAUUGACUCUAUAAUUUACAAUCACACACUCUGCAAUGGAUGGACCAACAGCACCGAAGGUGCCAUCUACCAUCUGGGUAACACCAUUCUUUUUUUGGGCUAUAUGGGUGGUAGUGGAGCAUAUGGAGCUCUGUACAUCUUCAGCUUUUGGGCUCCCGCUUUCCUCUGUCUGGCUCUGUGGGGCUGGUUGACAAUUUGUGGCCUUGAUGUCUUCCUCUGGAACUUGCUGCUGAUGCUGCAGUGUUUGGCCCAGGUGUGUCAUCUGAUUUUUCGGCUGAUGCAGGACGGUUUAACUAACGAGGAGCUUUCUGCACUUUAUACAGCGGUAUAUCUGCCUCUGGAUGUACCUGUGCAGGUGUUUAAGGAGAUUACAGCUGCCAGCGAGAACAAAGUGCUCUCUCUAGCGGUCGAGGAGACGUAUGCUGUCGAGGGGAAGACGCCCAUUGAUCAGUUGUCUUUUCUUCUUUCUGGCAGGAUUAGAGUGUCCUUAGAAGGUCAGUUUCUCCAUUAUAUCUUCCCUCACCAGUUUCUUGAUUCUCCAGAAUGGGAGUCUCUAAGACCAACAGAAGAGGGCAACUUCCAGGUGACACUGACCGCAGAGACGGACUGCCGUUACAUCUCUUGGCGCAGACGUCGUCUUUACCUUCUGCUGUCUAAGGAUCGUUACGUUGCCCGACUUUUCUCAGUCAUGCUCGGGAGUGACAUUGCUGACAAACUGUACUCGCUCAAUGACAAGCUGUUUGCCAAGAGUGGUGUGCGCCUUGAUAUCCGUCUGCCCAGUCUCUACCACGUCCUCGCCCCCUCGCCACAGGGCAGUGAGGGUGGCAGUGCUAGUUCACCUCCCAGGGGGAGCCAAGGAGAUGCUACAGUCGUGCCAAUUGAUCCAGCCCCAUCUAACCAGGGCUUAGAAGCAAGAAACGUCUAUCCGGACCAGGGAAAGACCCCUGUGCCCAAACCUCCACACCAGCUCUGUCCCUCAGACACAGAGAUGCCCUCUGGUGAGGAUUCCACCAGCUUGGUUCUGGAGGACUUUGCUGAUAUGACAGGCUCUCUAAUGGACUAUGGGAGUGAGAGAGAUUAUUUGAAGUAAAGUAUGGGGUGUUGACGCUAACACACUGGGACACUUCUUAAAUCACAAUAGGAUGAUACUCCAAGAAGACUUCGAUUCCAAAGAGGAGGUGCCCCACUGGCCCCUACUGACACCCCAAAGCUGUAGGAAUGGUUUCAGCAGCGUAAAGACCAUAACAUCUGAACGAUUCCUCCACCAAAAUCACCAUCGAAUCGGUUUCCCCUCAUACAAACGAAGACAACAUUAACACCGAACAGUAAAAAGAUUCCUUAAAAGAACAAGAUUAAACCUCCCAAAACAGAUACUGUUAUAUAUGAUUCCACAUUGCACACAAAAUGACUGUUUUAUUUUUAUUGGCAUGUGCUUAGUACUUAAAUCUGUUUGGAAUACAUGAGACAGGCAACACAUUAGAUUUUCAAACAAAUUAAUUUUAACAGCACUUCAGAAUGAUACUAGAUAGAUAAUAAGAUUUAUUACAAAAGUGCGCUUUAUCAUAACAGGAAGUUAGUAAAUGCUUCAGCAUCAUCUUCUGAGACUGUACACUGACCAUUUGAUGAAAAUGUAUUUUCAUGGGGCCAAUUGUUAAGUGCUGGGUUCAAAAUGUGACUUGAGGUUUAUCACUAAUUGUAAAUGAACAGAUUUGAAUUUUUAAUAUCAAGAAUGCUAAUCAAAGUGCCAAAAUAUUGAAAUGUACCUUGAAUGUUGCACCACUCCAAACAUUUUAAUAAUUGGAAAUGAACCAGUACACACAUAUUAACACAAAAAAACUACUGAGUGUUGAAUGACUGAUUUGAUUCCUCUUGGCUGAUAUAACACUCUGGAACAGUGCACAAAAAUCAUAUUGUACAUUAUAUAAAGGGCUAAAACAUAAUAAAUAUAUAUAAGCA